CUCACCACCACCACCAGAUCUCUCUGUAGCGCAACUGCAAUUGUCUCCCCACCACCACACAACCCAUCUUCUCCGAUACGAAAAUCCCAUCUUCGCCCUCACGUGGAAGUCCGAGAGGAGGAAAGAAGAGAUGUCGGCCAAAUACGCCUUCUCGCAGACGCUGAAGGAGGUGCGCUUUUUGUUCUGCCAGACGGGCGAGACGAGCGCGGGGGCUAGGUUUGGAUCCCUUCGUGCUUUGCAUGUGGGAUAGGUGCUGAUGGAAUGGUGUGGAUAGAACGUUCCUUGCGCGUGCGUACCCGACUAUGAAGAAGAAUAAUCCACAUACACCCAUCAUGCUCCGGGAAGCUGCUAGUACCCCGGCGCGAGUCUUUGCACGAUAUGGUAUGUCCUGAAUCCGCUACCCAGACUACACAAGGCACGGGAUUCUAUAAAAAAGGAAGAGAAUGGGAUACUUGAUCUGAUUUUCCUUGGGAGGGUGGAGACAUGUAAGGGGCAGAUAGAUGCUAACUAUAUAAUACAGAAUUCGGACAAGAGAAGAGCGAGUCACUGGCCGGAUUAACAGACAAGGAGAUCGAAGAAAAGGUUUCUGGCUUGGUGAAAAAUGGAGUAUGAGUGUUGCCCAGGGAUAGUGGGGAGGGGUAUUGUACAUAUAAGGACGAAUGGAUGUCCUG